UUGCCCGCUCUGGCCCAGCCCCUGCCCCCUCCUCUCAGCUCCUCAGCGCCCGGGGUGUCAUUGGGCCCGGGAGACGCGAGCCAACUUCAGGCUGCUCAGAAGCCCGUGCAGUCACCUGGGUGCAAGAGCGUGGCUGCCUCGGGCUCUCCCGCUGUAGGGAGAGCGGCCCUCGUUGGCCUGGAUGUGGUUGGAUUUAGGGGGGCUCCGCAGCAAGGGUGUCGUGGCGGUGGCAGGCGCUGCAACAGGUAGACGGCGAGAGAAGGACCCCGGCCGAGGCAGCUAUGGAGACUAAAGGCUACCACAGUCUCCCCGACGGUCUAGAUAUGGAACGACGUUGGGCCCAAGCUUCUCAGGAGCCCUCCUCCCUGGGACCUACAGCGAAGACCGAUGAGAAUAACUACAUGGAGAUUGUCAACGUGAGCUGUGUUUCCGGUGCUAUUCCAAACAACAGUACUCAAGGAAGCAGCAAAGAAAAGCACGAACUACUCCCUUGCGUGCAGCAAGACAGUACUCGGUGUGGGAUUUUAACAUCCGAUAUCAAAACCGAGCUGGAAUCUAAGGAACUUUCCGCCACUGUAGCUGAGUCCAUGGGUUUAUACAUGGAUUCCGUCAGAGAUGCUGACUACACCUAUGAUCAACAGAACCCACAAGGCAGCCUGAGCCCAGCAAAGAUUUAUCAAAACGUGGAACAGCUGGUGAAGUUUUACAAAGAGAAUGGCCAUCGUCCUUCCACACUGAGUGGUGUGAGCAGACCUUUGAGGUCCUUUAUGGCUGACUCUGGGAGCUCCACCAACAGUGGGGUCAUGCGUGCCAUUGUUAAAAGCCCCAUCAUAUGUCCUGAGAAGAGUGCUUCUGUGUGCAGCCCUCUGAACAUGACCUCUUCUGUCUGCAGUCCUGCUGGAAUCAACUCCGUGUCCUCCACCACAGCCAGCUUUGGCAGUUUCCCAGUGCACAGCCCCAUUACCCAAGGAACCCCUCUGAUGUGCUCCCCUAAUGUUGAAAACCGAGGCUCCCGGUCGCACAGCCCUGCACAUGCUAGCAACGUGGGCUCUCCUCUCUCAAGUCCAUUAAGUAGCAUGAAAUCCCCAAUCUCCAGCCCUCCGAGUCACUGCAGUGUAAAAUCUCCAGUCUCCAGUCCUAAUAAUGUCACUUUGCGCUCCUCUGUGUCCAGCCCUGCAAAUCUCAAUAACUCAAGGUGCUCCGUUUCCAGCCCUUCCAACACAAAUAACAGAUCCACGCUUUCCAGCCCGACAGCCAGUACUGUGGGAUCCAUCUGUAGCCCCAUAAGCAAUGCCUUCAGCUACUCUGCUUCUGGCACAGGUGCUGGAGCCAGUGUGACCCGGGAUGUAGCUCCCAGUCCAGACACACACGAGAAAGGUGCUCACGAGGUCCCUUUUCCUAAGACUGAGGAAAUUGAGAAUGCCAUCUCAAAUGGUGUGACUGGUCAGCUCAACAUUGUCCAGUACAUCAAACCAGAACCGGAUGGAACUUUUAGCAGUUCAUGUCUAGGAGGAAAUAGCAAAAUAACUUCUGAUUCUCCAUUCUCAGUACCAAUAAAGCAAGAGUCAACCAAGCACUCAUGUUCGGGCACCUCUUUCAAAGGGAAUCCGACAGUAAAUCCUUUUCCAUUUAUGGAUGGCUCAUAUUUUUCCUUUAUGGAUGACAAAGACUAUUAUUCUUUAUCAGGAAUUUUAGGACCACCUGUGCCCGGCUUUGAUGGUAACUGUGAAGGUGGUGGAUUUCCAAUGGGGAUUAAGCAAGAACCUGACGAUGGGAGCUAUUACCCUGAGGCUGGUAUCCCUUCAUCUGCCAUUGUUGGUGUGAAUUCAGGUGGGCAGUCCUUUCACUACAGGAUUGGUGCUCAAGGUACAAUAUCUUUGUCACGAUCACCUAGAGACCAAUCUUUCCAACACCUGAGUUCCUUUCCUCCUGUCAAUACUUUAGUGGAGUCAUGGAAGUCACAUGGUGACUUGUCAUCUAGAAGAAGUGAUGGAUAUCCAGUCCUAGAAUACAUUCCAGAGAACGUAUCAAGCUCUACCUUACGAAGUGUUUCCACUGGAUCCUCAAGACCUUCAAAAAUCUGUUUGGUGUGUGGGGACGAGGCUUCGGGAUGCCACUAUGGGGUGGUGACCUGUGGCAGCUGUAAAGUCUUCUUCAAAAGAGCAGUGGAAGGGCAACACAACUAUUUAUGUGCUGGAAGAAAUGAUUGUAUCAUUGAUAAGAUUCGAAGAAAGAAUUGUCCAGCCUGCAGACUUCAGAAAUGUCUUCAAGCUGGUAUGAACUUAGGAGCCCGAAAGUCAAAGAAGUUGGGGAAGUUAAAAGGCAUUCACGAAGAACAGCCACAGCAACCACCACCACCACCACCACCACAGAGCCCAGAAGAGGGGACCACGUACAUUGCACCGGCCAAAGAGCCCUCAGUGAACACGGCACUGGUCCCCCAGCUCUCAACCAUCUCCCGCGCACUCACCCCCUCCCCCGUCAUGAUCCUAGAGAGCAUUGAGCCUGAAAUCGUGUAUGCAGGCUAUGACGGCUCCAAGCCAGACACAGCUGAGAACCUGCUCUCCACGCUCAACCGCCUGGCUGGCAAGCAGAUGAUUCAGGUGGUAAAGUGGGCGAAGGUACUUCCAGGAUUUAAAAACUUGCCUCUUGAGGACCAAAUUACCCUAAUCCAGUAUUCUUGGAUGUGUCUGUCAUCAUUUGCCCUGAGCUGGAGAUCGUACAAACAUACCAACAGCCAAUUUCUCUAUUUUGCACCAGACCUAGUCUUUAAUGAAGAAAAGAUGCACCAGUCCGCCAUGUAUGAACUGUGCCAGGGGAUGCACCAGAUCAGCCUCCAGUUUGUGCGGCUGCAGCUGACUUUUGAAGAGUACACCAUAAUGAAGGUCUUGCUGCUGCUGAGCACAGUUCCAAAAGAUGGCCUCAAAAGCCAGGCUGCAUUUGAAGAAAUGAGGACAAAUUACAUCAAAGAACUGAGGAAGAUGGUAACUAAGUGUCCCAAUAAUUCCGGGCAGAGCUGGCAGCGGUUCUACCAACUGACCAAGCUUCUGGACUCCAUGCAUGACCUGGUGAGUGACCUAUUAGAAUUCUGCUUCUACACGUUCCGGGAGUCCCAGGCCCUGAAAGUGGAGUUCCCCGCCAUGCUGGUGGAGAUCAUCAGUGACCAGCUGCCAAAGGUGGAGUCCGGGAACGCCAAGGCUCUUUACUUUCACAGGAAGUGACAGAGGAUGUCUUACCAGAAGAACUUUGCCUUAAGUUUCCCCAUGUUGUUCCAUACCCAUGAAGGACCCAGGAAAUCCUAUUUUUAACGUGAUGGUUGAUUCACACUUGUUCAGCAGUUUCUCAAGUUUAAAAUCAUGUCCCGGGGUUGGAGCUGGGAAAGCCAUACGGCUUGGAUUCAUCAAGACCUGAGCAGUCUAAAGGGUUCUUCCUUCUCUACUCCCCAGUGCUUAGAAACACGCUCCUGUCCCUCUGGAUGAAAAGCCAUAUCUAGUCAAUAACUCUGAUUUUGAUAUUUUAACAGAUGGAAGUUUUAACUAUGCCAUGUAGUUUCUGGUAUUGUUCGCUUGUUUUAAAAGGGUUCAAGGAUUAACGAACAUUUUCAAGCUUACCCUUGGUUUGCACAUAAAACAUAUAGUCAAUAUGGGGCAUUAAUAUUCUUUUGUUAUUUAAAAAACACAAAAAAAGAAAAAAUAGAUACAGAUUCCUGUUGUGUAAUAACAGAACUCGUGGCGUGGGAAUGAGUGGCUCUCCAGGGGCCCAUUCUACGUCACUGGUAUACACACUCGUUAGUGUCCAUUUAUUAUUUAAUAAGAAUGGAUAAGAUGUUAAAAACAAAUGCCUUGGUUUCAAUUUCUAGUAUCUAUUGUGUUGGCUUUACAAAUAAUUUUUUGCAGUCUUUUGCUGUGCUGUACAUUACUGUAUGUAUAAAUCGUGAAGGACCCGAAAUAAGGUGUAAGGAACUUUUGUAAAUGAGACAUACAAAAAAAAAAAAUCUUUAAUGGUUAAUAGGAUGAAUGGGAAAGUAUUUUUGAAAGAAUUCUAUUUUGCUGGAGACUAUUUAAGUACUAUCUUUGUCUAAACAAGGUAAAACUUUUUUUUGUAAAGUGAAAUGUUCUGCAUGCAUAAUGAACCGUUUACAGUGUAUUUAAGAAAGGAAAAGCUGUGCCUUUUUUUAGCUUCAUAUCUAAUUUACCAUUUUACAGUCUCUGUUGUAAAUAACCACACUUAAACCUCUUUGGUUGUCUUUAAGCCUUUCUACUUUUUCUGUACUUUUUGUUUUGUUCUUGGUCUCCCGCUUGGGGCGUUCAUGAGACUGGAGUCCAGUGAGCUAGCUUCAUCCUACUUGUACCAGGAGCACCACCCUGCGCUCGCUCAGCAUCCAGCUCCUCACAGGUGUCAUUUGACACCUAGGACAGAGGGUCCUCACAGUGCUGCAGCUGUAGGAAAGCUGCCUCUUUCACCUUUUCCACAGGCUCUCGGAGGGGGAGGCUGGAAAGUCAGCUCAGAGAGCACAAUUCUCCUCCCAUUUCAGAAAAUCCAACCUUUUCCUUUGAGGGGAGGAAACAAUUCCAUGCACUCUAGUCUAUCAGAGACCAGACAGUCACCUCUAAUCUUGACAGAGGUCUGCAUUCCUGGACCUGGUUAUGGGAACACGCAGAGCAUGGCAGGAGGUCCUGGGGUGAUCCAUCUUGUCAAGGGUCAGUCAGAAUGGCGUGGAGACCAGAAAAAUCACUAGAGGGUUUUUAGAUUUUUUAAAGGUAAGUUUUAAAAAGAAAUUUUAUACAUAAACAGUUUUGGAGAAAAACACUACAGAUCAUAUAAGCAAGACAGUGGCACUAAAAGUUUUAAUUCAUGAAUCUGUUUGGCACUGAUACAAUUUUUAUGUCUUUUCUCUUGCCCCAGAUCACAGCCUUCUGUAUCUUUAGGGGAACUCACAAUGAUUGCACCAAACACACUACUUUGAAUGGAGGCCAAAUUAAUCUUUUUAAGUGGUGAUGAUGCCCCUCAGGUAUUCAGUGAAAUCACAUUAUUUCCUAAAAUCUAAUAGCUGUAACUCAAGCCAAAGGCCGGGGAAGGCAGGGGUCAGAUCAUUUCUUUUCUCCAGGGUUCACCAUACAGGCAACAUUAUCUGAAACCUGUGAAGGCCACAUGCAGAGGGAGUUUUUCUUACAUAAUUUGCAACUUCAAGAACUUAAUUUAUAGGCAGAUCUUUAAAUAUAGUCAACUUACGUGCACAGCAACCUGAAAGCCGCACUUUGAAGGUGAUAAAUACACAGCAUGCAGACUAGGAGUUUCUGGAAAAGAAAUGGCUUCCAAAAACAGCUUUGAGUUCAGAGUUGACUUUUUUUUUUUUUUUUUAAUCAAAU